AUGUCCUCCUCAACCGGGCUCUCGCAGCCCUCCCUCGACCAAGCCUACGAAACAGCAGGCAACCCAACGGACAAAGAGCCCAUCGAGAAAUCCAGAGCGCAAUUAAACGCAAAGACCGACGACGACAACGCCGUAGCCCACCGCACCCCCACCACCCAAACCCCCUACUCCUCCGCAACACCCACCUCCAUGGCGCGAGGCAUCCACGGCGCGCCGCCCGGCGAAGAAACCCAAGGCCACACACAGUCCAGCUUCGACGAGCAGGAGCUCGACGCGGAGCAGAUGGGGGCGCCGGGGGAGGGCAAAGUCGCGAGCGCCGUGGAUCGGCAUCCGGGGGCUUCUGGGAAGGAACCGGGGUUGGAGACGGAUUUGGAGAGGAAAAAGGCGGAGCAGGCGGGGGCGAGGGAGAAGGUUAAGGAGGAGAAGCGGGAGGGGUUUGAUGUGGGGGGCGUGCUGGGGCAGAGGGGUGGGCCGGCGGAGGCGGUUGGGAAAGGGGGGGUAUCCGAAUUCGGGGAGUAA